CGCCUGCGCAGCCGCUACAGCCGCGCCUUAUUUCGCGGGCGGGAGCUUUGUGGCGCCCCCAGAGGAGCCUUCUGGAAGCCGCUCGGCGCCGGGGGAGGAGCGCGGCGCUGGCGGCCGCACGCCCCGGCUCACGGGGGCGGGGAGGGAAGGAAGGAUAGGAGGACGUACCGAGAGCGGGCCCCGAGCGGGGCGGCAGCGGGUUGCGCCGGGUGAUGUGAGGGCGGAGGAGGGAAGACAGACACGCGGUGGAAAAGCGUGCGCGGCGCUUCUCUCCGGAGCGCCUUCAGAAAGGUUUCGGUCCUCCACCCCGUCUUAGUGAAGUGGCGCGAUGUGCCCGGCGCUGGCGAAGGCGGCCCCGCGGGAGGAGGGCGAGGGCGGCUCCCGGAGCAGCGGCUGGGGCCUGCUGGUCACGGCCGGCCUGGGGGGCGCCCUGGUGGCCCUCUAUGCUGUGGCCACCCCCUUCGUCACCCCGGCCCUGAGGAAGGUGUGCCUGCCCUUCGUUCCUGCCACCGCCGAACAGAUCCAGAAUGUGCUGAAAAUGUUGGAAAACAGGAGCGGCUCCCUAGUUGACAUUGGUAGCGGGGAUGGCCGCAUUGUGAUAGCAGCUGCAAAAAAGGGAUUCCAGGCUGUUGGAUAUGAAUUGAAUCCCUGGCUAGUCUGGUACUCCAGAUAUCGUGCCUGGAGAGAUGGAGUACAUCAGAACACCAAAUUUUAUAUUUCAGAUUUAUGGAAGGUUUCUUUUUCCCAUUAUAGAAAUGUUGUUGUUUUUGGAGUACCUCAAAUGAUGCCACAGCUGGAGAAGAAGCUAGAAGAAGAACUUGAAUGUAAUGCCAGGAUCAUUGCCUGUCGCUUUCCUUUCCCUUGCUGGAUUCCAGAUCAUACUACUGGAGAGGGAAUAGACACUGUGUGGGCCUAUGAUUUGAAGCAUUCUAGAGCAAGUGAAACAAAAAGCUUGGAAAGUACACCAAAGACAGAAUCUUAAAUAUUGAAUUUGAUUUCUUACAGAAAUUUUUAGCUUUGACUGGACCUGUUGAAGAUAAGAUUAACAUGGAGAGAGCCCUGGCAUAUGAAGAUGUGAAUUCACUGUAAGAACUGAAGUACAGUGGCUGUCUGAAACACACAAAGGUUACUGAAAGGUGUAGUUAAAUGGCUUAAUGUGGUGUUCUGGUUUAACUCCAUCUGGCAGUGGAGUACCACACAGAUGUUCACUCACCCCAGUCCACAGACUCCCACAGAGGGAUGGGAAAUGACCAUGGACUGAGAUAGAAAUAGUUUAAUAAUUUUUAAUAAUAAUAAUAACAACAACAACAACAAGAGAGGAGUAAUACCCAAGAAAGUUGAGUGAUGCACAGUACCCUUGCUCAGUACCCACUGAUGGAUGCCCACCCCAUCCCAGAGCAGUGACUGCCAACUCUCUCCAGUUUAUAUACUGGGCAUGAUGUUCUGUGGUGUGGAAUAUCCCUUUGGCCAGUUCAUCUCAGCUGUCCUGGCCAUGCUUCCUCCUGGCUUCUUCUGCCCCUCCUUGUUGGCAGAACAUGAGAAACUAGAAAGUCCUUGGCUUGGAGUAAGCACUGCUCAGCAUCAACUAAAACCAUUAGUGUGUUAUCAGCAUUAGUCUUUUCUGCCACAGUGCUGUACCAGCUAAUAGGAAGAAAAUGAACUCCCAGCUGAAAGUUGUUGGUCAAAAUGAUGAAAAAGUUUUUAUAGAAGAGGAAAACUUCAAUAUAGAAAAGGGUUUAGAGCACCAUUCACUACAGUUAAGGGAUAUGAAUAUAUAUGAAUACGUUCAAAUGCUCAAGUUCGUGAACUUAAUAUAUACAUUCUUUCUGACUCCACAGAGCAUUUGGUAUUGGUGUUGGGAUGAUGUGCAUCUUCUCAAAUGAGCUAUAUUUCAAAAAUGUCUGAAUUUUGUAUGCCAAGUACAUAAUGCUGCAUACACAAAACUGGUCCAGAUGGAGUAUGAUGAUGACGCCAAUGUUUGACACCACAGCCUUGAAUGUGUACUUUUGAAAGUUGAGUAUGACAAAAUGGGCAAAUAUAAUAAGUUGUUCAUUAACACAAGUGCUGCCUCUGAUUAUAUUAAUGUUUUUUUAAUUAACUUGUAUUCUCUUUUAGCGUUUGCUGGAAAAUAAACUCCAAGUAAGCCAC